AUGAGCAUAGAACGCCUCUUCGACGGCGAAGACGAUCUCUUCACAGCAGACACCCUCUCAACAUGGUACGUCCAUGUGCCGCUCGCCUCCGGCUACGCUCACAACAAGGUCAUCCUCUUCGACGCCAUCUGCAGCGCCAUCCAAGCCGGCCGGUGCGAGAUCUACGCCUCGCGCAAUCUCGAGAAUACCAUGUCCGGGUUCUUGAUUGAAGUCCAGGCUCGAUACUCCGAGCCGGGGGCAAUUCGGCGUGCGGCGUACCAUAUUGCUCAACGGCAUCUGGAGGUGCAUAGGAUAGAGAUGCAUAGCAGGACGCAGGCGAGGCUGGCAGAGAAAUGCCUGGCUAAUUUGAGCUUGGAGGAUGAAAGAGGGAAGUAG